UGUCUUUCUACCUAACACGUUGGUCCUGUAUUGAAUGUGCACGGUUUGAGACACUGUUGUGGACACUCAUUUAGAAGUCCCCUAACUAGUUAACCUACUGGCUAGCUCGCUAGCUGGCCGAGCUGAUUAACGUUAGCUUAGCUGGCUACAUUGCUUUUACCCCUCUUUCAAUUUGUGUGGAAAUGAUCCGUUGCUUUUCUUCAUGUGUGUGUUUCACGGCGGCUUCCUAUAUACAAGAAUACUAUGAUAACGUUAGCGCUAAUGUCAAAACCAUGAUGAAGAAUUUGGUUGAAUAUUUCAGCAUUGUCAGCUAUAUGUCGUUGAGAGCUUUAAUAGUCAUUUCUGUUUAAUCAUACAACAUAGAGAUUGUUAUACUUUAUUCCCUAAGUCUUUUAUCUUUUAAGUUAAAGACCCAAUCUCGACGGGCGACGUGUUUGUGUUUUUUCGUGUGUUCUGAGCUCUUCAGGUUACUUUGAAUGAACACUCGUCAACUUGUAGAUGGUGUAAAUCAAGCAGGGACUGUGUACAAGCCAAUUUAGUGAGCUGGUGAGUUGAGUAUCAUCAUGGCAGAUGGAUGUAAUGAUGACGAUGUCAUUCACCUAGCAAGUUUCAACAUCCACCGAAGCCAAGGCUCCAGCAGCCGUCAGAGGGAGCUCAUCACUAUUUCUGAUGAUUCGGAUGAGGAGGCUGUGACUCUGUUACCCAGCAGUCCUGUUUUUUUAGUUCCAUAUGAUGAUUCUGAAGAUGAUGUCAGCAUAUUAGAGCAAGUAACUCCAGCGCGCAGACAUUUAAUACGGCCAGCAGCAAAGUGGAGUGGGGCCUCACAAAACCUUAUUGAAGUUGCUGCAAAUUCUGUGGGGCUAAGGAACCCAUCUGCCCCCUCUACCUCCAGAGAUGCUAUUUCCCACUUGUCUGCAGUCAGCGCAUCCACAGUCAGACAACCAAAACCUACAACAAACGCCCAGCAGGCAAAAGCUGGUAUGUCACAAGAGAUAAAAGUGGAGGACCGAGCUGAUUGUUCGACUCAAACCCGAUCUACCUCCUCACUUGCUCAAGCUGUCACACUAGGAACGUCUGAAGAUGCAGCGCACCUUCAGCCUAGCACAUCUGGACUGGCUUGCUCCAAAGGACAUUUAGUAACCAGGCCCCAGCCAAGUACAUCUCACGGUGUUGUUUCAAAGACACUUCCUGCCUCCCCGACGACUCGAGAAAAGGCAUAUAAAAGUACCAGCAUUAAAGACAAUCCUCAGGCAAGUACUUCAUCUGCAGAGGCGCAGCCUAAAGCGAGCACAUCUACACAGCUUCUGCCUAGCGGGUCAGUGACAGUAGUAGCCCGUCCUUGCCAGGUGAAUAAUUUGAAGCCCAUCAUCCUUCCACAACAACCAAGCAUCCAAGCCUUCACUUUGAUCACACAGCCUCAGAAGCAGAACACUCCCCAGCCUGUCUUAAAUCCCAUGCAUGGCAAUCUUAUUCAGAUUGAACCCCAACCCCUCGCCCAGGCCCCGGCUCCAGCUCCAGUCCAAGCGCCCCAGGCCCGUCAGGUGGCACCUGUAACACACACUGCAGUGCUAGUAGCUGCAGCCCCUCAGAGGUUAGGACCUCCAGUGGCGGGCCACCAGAUCAUGUUAGGGAGCCAGUUAGCUGGGAAGGCUGGUUCCAAUUCCCGGCCACAGGGUGGCGCCCCCAGUGCGUUUCCACAAAUCCAGACCAAUACAAAUUUAAAUCCUCCAGCUGGUCUAGCUAUGGCAGCUUCAGUUCCCCACAACAGAAUAGAGAUGCAUCACAUUCUGGAUCUAGACCCAAACCCAGAAAGGGUCAACCCAGUCCCCGGUCUGCUCGCAUUCCGUCCUGUUCCUGAGGAUAUUCCGAGAAUAGAAGACGCAAGGCCUGGUCCCUCUCAGCCACAAGAGAGGCUUGAGUUGCAACACCAUGUCAGAACCCUCAUCACUAGUGUCUUGGAUCUCUUCCCAAAUGUCCAAGAAGCCUAUGUAGCAGAACUGAUUCAAACACAUAAUGUCAAAGACUUGAAUGUUAUCUGUAACCUGCUGUUGGAGAACCCAGAAUACCCAAAGACAAGCGCUGCUGCAGCCACAGUAGCGCCCACCAGUAUUUUACUCGAGUCCGGAGACAGUAACACAGAGGUAACUGAGGAUUUGUUUGAUUAUGCCAAGCUGGGCCCGGUAGGUCCAGAGACGGUGAUGCAGGCCGCAGACUUGCUCAUGGCAGACUUCCGGAUGAUCAGCUGUCAGGACAUUAAAUGGGCCCUCAAUGCCCUGAAAGGACACUAUGCAAUCACACGCAAGGCCUUAUUUGAAGCGCUGAAGAAGUUUCAAGAUUCAGGCGACCCCUCAGGAAAGCGACGACGAAACAGAAUGUCUACUGGGCGCUGCUACAUCGAUUUCCAUUUUGAGCAUGGUCAGGUAAAGUUUGACAAGAGGAUGUACUUUUUGGAGAAGGGUCGACGUUAUUGCAGAACUUACAACAGUUUGGAAGGUUCUCUACAAAAGGAGCUUACCUUCUUUCAACAGAAAGCCAAGGAAUGGGCAGAGCAUGAGGACUUCCUCCUGGCACUGCAAGUCAAUGAAGAUGAAUAUAAGAAAGAUGGCCAGCUGAUUGAGUGUGGCUGUUGUUACGGAGAGUUUGCCUUUGAAAAAAUGACGCAGUGUUCAGACGGUCACCUGUUCUGUAAAGAGUGCCUCGUCAAAUAUGCUCAAGAGGCAGUGUUUGGCUCCGGAAAGUCAGAGCUGAGCUGCAUGGAAGCAGGCUGCCUUUGUUCCUACCCAGUCUGUGAACUGGAGAAGGUCCUACCAGAAAACAUCCUUUGCAAAUAUUACGAGAGGCAGGCGGAGGAGGCCAUUGCUGCCACUUGCGCGGAUGAACUAGUUAGGUGUCCCUUCUGCAACUUUCCAGCCUUGCUAGACAAAGAUAUGUGUCUUUUUAGCUGCCCCAACCCUCGCUGCCGCAAGGAAAGCUGUCGAAAAUGCCACGUGCAAUGGAAGAAGCAUGUGGGGAAGACGUGCGAGCAAGUCCUGGAGAAGGACGAGAUCCGCAUGAGGGUGCUCAUUGAGGAGCGCAUGACGGCCGCCCGGGUGAGGAAGUGUGUCAAGUGCGGGAUGGGCCUGGUCAAGUCGGAGGGCUGCAACCGCAUGUCGUGUCGCUGUGGCAGCUUCAUGUGCUACCUCUGCCGAGAGGCUAUCACUGGAUACAACCACUUCUGUCAGCACGCUCGCUCGCCAGGCGCUCCCUGCCGACACUGCCGCAAGUGUUCCCUCUGGACUGAUCCCACGCUAGAUGACGAGCGAAAUAUUCAGGAGAUCCAGAAGGAGGGAGAAGUGCAGCUGAAUAAGAAGUUUGCAGAUAAUUUGGAAAAGAGAGUCGGCCCACCCCCAGAGGACAUCCAUAAGAGCAAGCAUCCACGUGUGGGUCCGCCCCCCGAAAACCCUCCUCCCCCGGUUCCCCGCCAUCCCCAAGCAGUGCAGGCUCCCCUCUUUGUGCCCCCUCGCGCCCAUUACCCUCCUGCCCUACCCCAAGGCCGACUUUUCAUGAUGCCGUUGCCCCAGGCGCCCUACGUGCCCCCCCUGCCUAACCUGCUCCCUCUAAACAACAAUAACCAUCACCAUCAGCACCUACAUCACCACCACCACCACAACAAUCGGCCCGGUGACCGUCACCCUCUAAACAUGGACGUGUUUGACAUGCCCAUGCACUACGGGCCCGCCCACCGCUUCUUCGGACCCCUAUAACACACACGCGCGUGAGGUAAUGUGUUCAUUCAGCUCCAAGCCCACGCAUACUUCACAGAUCCACUUUCUGCUUUCACAGUGUCGUUACUGUUUAUCUUUUUUUCUGUGCGCCUCCUUUCUGCCGACCUUCAUCCAAUGUCAGUCGUUUAGCGUUCAUCUGAUGGAACGCACAACUCUAGACAACAACAUACACACACACACACACUAGGCCUUCUCGCACCGAACCAUGGACGCCGGCUUGUUUGCACCCCCAAUCUGUUCUGUUUAAAAAAAUAAAAAAUAAAAAAAAAAAUUUAAAAAAAUAUGAAAGCAUUGUUAAAUUUCCACUUUAUACGUAAUUUUUCUGACAAAACAAAGUUGAGCAUUCCUGUUAGUACGUCUUUGGAAAAGUGUGUGAAGACGCAAGGUUUUCUAAUAAAGCUUUUUAAUCACAUUCUCA